AUGUCAUCAUCAAAUACUCAUUCAAUACUUGAUUUUGAAUCAUCUUCAACUAUACUUUUACCAAUCUUACCAAGUGCAUCUGAAUUACUUGCACAGGAACGUGUUACUAAUUUAAUUCGCCCUUGUUUUCAACAUAUACUUAAAUUUUUACAAACAAUUCAUCCAUUAUCAAAUUUAUUGAAAAUAUUGUAUCAAUAUAAAGAUGAACUAAUACUACUCAUUGAAGGUAUUCUUCAAUGGUUCUAUCUUAAUUCUCAUUCUGCUCUUAUUGGUGAACAUUUUUAUGGAUUAAAACGAACAGCAAAUCAUCGAUUGAGAUCUUUGAUUUUAUCAGUUUUUCUACCUUAUGUCAAGCUAAAACUCAAUGCACUACAUGAACAAAUGCGUGUUAAUAAUACUAACCAUCAUGCAAAAUACUAUUUAUUUCUUCAAAUUUUACCUAAAAUUCAAAUAUUCAUUGAAGGUAUAUGCUGGCUCUAUCGAAUAGGUUAUGGAUUUGGUCUUAUUAAAUAUUAUAGUCCAGCUCUUCAACUAGCUAAUGUUAAAUUAACUUAUGCCAAAGAUCCAUCACCGAAUGUUUCAUCAUCAACAUCAUUUACUAGUCAAUAUUUAUCUCUAAUUAGUCAAAUUAUUUCAUACGGUUUAUUUCUCAUUCAAAUGAUUGAUUGGUGGAAUCAUACUUACAGCUCAAAACAAAAUUCGAUCGAUAAUCUCAAUAAAUUACCAUUAUCAAUCACUACUCAGAUGAGACCUACGACGACUAAUAAACAUCAAUGUCCUCUUUGUCGACAACCAUGUCAUAUACCAACAAUAAUACUCGGUUCCAGUUAUGUUUAUUGUCAUACAUGUAUUAGCGAUUAUAUUAAACAAUAUCAUCGAUGUCCAACAUCACAUCAACCAGUAACAAAUGAACAUUUAAUAAAAAUUUAUUAG